GCUAAUCGCAGAAAAUUGUAGCGCAUGUAGUGAAAGGAAUUACACUGGUGGAACUCGUAAAAAAACGUGCAACGUGAAUCUUGCACACACGCCGUAAAGUUGUUCGCUAGCGGUGCAGUGAUAUACGGCCAUCCCGCGUUCCGAAGGAGGCCAGCAAGGGAGCGACCACGAAAAUCGCCCGUGUUUCAAGCAAGAAGGCGCCAGCAUCCACGCUAGCAGUGUUGAAGCAUUGCUGUCCCCAGCGAGUGUAGCGGAUAGAUGCGAAAAUAAUGGCUGCAGGAGAUCAGGACCAGUUUCAGCAGCUGAUGGGCUCGCUCCUGUCUACGGACAAUGAAGUUCGUACGCAGGCAGAGGAGGUGUACAAUGGAUUGCCGUGUGAAACAAAGGUUCCGCACCUGCUCGGCACGAUACAGAACCCACAGAUGGCGGAAGAUGCCCGGAUGCUAGCCGCCGUUCUGUUGCGACGAUUGUUUUCAUCGGAGUUUCACGAAUUUUACGAACCGCUCCCACCGGAAGCGAAGGAACCGCUGAAGCAACAGAUCCUUCUGACGCUGCAGCAGAAUGAGUCGGGCAGCAUGCGACGAAAGAUCUGCGAGAUGGUGGCGGAGGUCGCUCGAUGCAUGAUCGACGACGACGGUAACAACGAAUGGCCGGAGUUUUUGCAGUUCCUGUUCCACUGUCACAAUAGUACGAACGUGCAGCUGCAGGAAGCCGCCCUGCGCAUAUUCGCCUCCGUGCCCGGCAUUUUCGGCAACCAGCAGGCGCAACAUUUGCCGCUGAUCAAGCAAAUGUUUAUCAAAUACCUGGAACCGACCUCCGAUCAGGAGGUUCGCUUCCAGGCCGUCCGCGCGUACGGCGCGUUUGUGCUGCUGCACGACAAAGAGGAGGAUGUGAAGCGUCAGUUUGCCGAUCUGCUACCGCAGGUGAUUAUGAUCACGGCCGAAAGUAUCGAGCUGGGCGAUCCGCAGAACCUGAUGCAGCUGCUGAUCGACAUGGCCGAAGGUGUGCCAAAGUUCUUCCGUCCGCAGCUGGAACCCAUUUUCGAGCUCUGCAUGAAAGUGUUCAGUACGGUGGACAUGGAGGACAACCUGCGCCAUCUGGCUCUGGAGAUGAUGGUUUCGCUGGCGGAAAAUGCAUCGGCGAUGGUGCGCAAACGGGCGGAAAAGUACGUCGCCGCGCUGGUGCCACUCAUCCUGCAAAUGAUGACCGACCUGGAAGACGACGACGAGUGGUCGGUGUCGGACAAGAUCACGGAGGACGACACGAGCGACAACAACGUUAUCGCCGAAUCGGCACUGGACCGAUUGGCCUGUGGGCUCGGUGGUAAAACGAUUCUGCCGCACAUCGUAAACAACAUUCCAAACAUGCUGCUCAGCCCGGACUGGAAGCAACGGCAUGCCGCCCUGAUGGCCAUAUCGGCUGCGGGCGAGGGUUGCCAGAAGCAGAUGGAAGCGAUGCUGGAGAACAUUAUGCAGGGCGUGCUGAAGUAUCUGGUCGAUCCUCAUCCGCGCGUACGGUACGCGGCUUGUAACGCGAUCGGCCAGAUGGCAACCGACUUUGCGCCCAUUUUCGAGAAAAAGUUCCACGAACAGGUCAUACCGGGGUUGCUGAAUCUGCUCGACGAUGUGGAAAAUCCACGCGUUCAGGCGCAUGCCGGUGCGGCUCUGGUUAACUUCAGCGAGGACUGUCCGAAAAACAUUCUGACGCGCUACCUGGACGCGAUUAUGGCCAAGCUCGAAAUGAUUCUGACCACCAAGUUUAAGGAGCUGGUCGAGAAGGGUACCAAGCUGGUGCUGGAACAGGUAGUGACGACCAUUGCAUCGGUGGCGGACACCACGGAGAAGGACUUCGUAGUGUACUACGACCGGUUGAUGCCAUCGCUGAAGUACAUCAUCAAGAACGGUGACACGGAAGAGCUAAAGCUGUUGCGCGGCAAAACGAUCGAGUGUGUCAGCUUGAUUGGUUUGGCGGUUGGUGCGGAGAAGUUCUUGUCCGACGCGUCGGACGUGAUGGAUAUGCUGCUGAAGACACACACCGAGGGUGAUCUACCGGAUGACGACCCGCAAACUUCCUACCUGAUAUCGGCCUGGGCACGUAUCUGCAAAAUUUUGGGCAAACAGUUCGAACAAUUCUUGCCGCUCGUAAUGGGACCGGUUAUGCGGACGGCAUCUAUGAAGCCGGAGGUAGCGCUGCUGGACAACGACGAGAUGCAGGGUGUUGAGAACGAUAGCAACUGGCAGUUUGUGAAUCUGGGCGAGCAGCAAAACUUUGUCAUCCGUACGGCCGGACUGGAGGAUAAGGCGUCCGCCUGCGAGAUGCUGGUGUGUUACGCACGCGAACUGAAGGAUGGCUUUGCCAACUACGCCGAGGAAGUUGUCCGGUUGAUGGUACCGAUGUUGAAGUUUUACUUCCACGAUGGUGUUCGAACAGCGGCCGCUGAAUCACUCCCCUACCUGCUGGACUGCGCCAAGAUCAAGGGACCGAACUAUCUCGAGGGCAUGUGGCUGUACAUCUGUCCGGAGCUGCUGAAGGCGAUCGAUUCCGAACCGGAAGCGGACGUGCUGACUGAGCUGCUGCAUUCGCUGGCGCGCUGUAUCGAGACGCUCGGUGCCGCCUGUCUAUCGAACGAAGCGAUGGAGGAAGUGCUAAAGAUCAUCGACAAGUUCAUGAAGCAACACUUUGAGAAGGAGGAAAAGCGUGCCCAGGCGCGGAAGGAGGAAGAUUACGAUGAUGGUGUCGAAGAGCAGCUCGCCGAAGAGGACGAUGCGGACAUUUAUCUGUUGUCGCGUAUCUCCGACAUUAUCCAUUCGCUGUUCGUCACGUACAAGGAUGCUUUCCUGCCGUCGUUCCAGCGCGUGGUGCCACACUUUGUUAAGCUGUUGCAGGCAUCAAACCCGUGGGCCGAUCGACAAUGGGGAUUGUGCAUAUUCGACGAUCUGAUCGAAUACACUGGACCGUUGUGCGUUCAAUAUCAGCCCUAUUUCCUGCAGCCCAUGUUGGAGUAUAUUAAGGAUGAACAACCGGAAGUACGACAGGCAGCUGUCUACGGGUGUGGUGUGCUGGGACAGUUCGGUGGCGAACAGUUCGCCGUUACCUGUGCUCAGGCCAUCUCCCUGUUGGUGGAAGUUAUCAUGGCCCCGGACAGUCGUGAACCGGAGAAUGUGAACCCAACGGAAAAUGCCAUCUCAGCCGUGACGAAGAUAUUGAAGUAUAACAACACAGCGAUCCCCAAUCGGGACGAAAUCAUUGCACUAUGGUUCACCUGGUUGCCGGUAGGUGAAGACGAAGAUGAGGCCGUGUACGUAUACGGUUAUCUGUGCGAUCUGAUUCAAGCGAACCAUCCUGUCAUACUCGGCGAAAACAACGUAAACUUACCACGCAUCGUAUCGAUCAUUGCGUCCUGUUUCUAUCGAGAAGCGGUAACCGUCCCGCACCCCGAAGCCGAACGGAUGCUCUCGAUCGUAAAGCAAAUCGAAGGUAAUCCGGACCUAUUCCAGGCAUGCAUUAACACAUUGUCGGCUGAACAGAAGGCGGCCCUCGAAGGUGCUUACCGGGCGGCAGCAGAAGCGACAGCGGCGGCUGCGGCAGCUGCAGCAUCCGCUGCUGGUGUGACGCAGUAAAUCAACCGCAAAACCAGCCAGGAUGUUUUUCUCUGUUCCUCUCUUCCUUUCCCUUACUUUCCUUUGAAUCCGUUUCCGCAUGUGAAACCCGCAGCUAUAUCAUGUAAUUUGCAAUGUAUUGCAAUUAUAGUUUCUUCAUCUACUUUCUUUUUCAUCGUCACCUACAUACAUACAGCAGUUUGUUGUUUGCACAUGUAAUCGGCCAGGCACAUAUAACUCAGCUAUAUGAUGCAGAGAGCAGCACCCGCACCAACAUUAAGAACUUCCCCAUGUGAGAUUCGAUUAGGUUUUUGAUGGACCAGGAACAAAAAAUUGCUUGUUGCUUUUUGAUACAAAUCUACAGUGAGAUGAGUAUUAGUUUUUUUUCCCAAACUUAUGUGCUCACAUUCAUUUUUAAUAUGUUCGCAAGAAGAAACGGGAUACAAAUUCUGAUUGUAUGUUUUCUUUUUGGUUUUAGCUCACCAACAGGGUGCUAGAGAUAUGUUUAACAAGAACGGUUAUGUUUGGUACAUUAAACUGGGUCCCCUGCACUUUUGUUAACUGUGGUUUUGUUGAAAGAUGUGUUGGCAUGUAUGGAUGGUACUCCAUGAAGCGGAUGCCAAUCGCUCUGUUUGUCAAACUCUUCUGUAUCGUUUUUUUUAAAUCGUUUGUGAUAUAGCUGGAACUUCGUAAUGCACCUCCAGAGAGUAUAAGAUACGAACUUUUUUUUUGUUAGUUCAUUGUUAGGUAGAGUCGUUUUCGCUGCCUUUAUCCCCGAGAAAAUCCCCCAAUGUUGGACCAAAGGCGGUAUUCUUCGAGGUUUGCGGCUGUAGCAGCACGAAACUGUAAAUAGAAAGAAGUACGAAACGGACACGGGUACGUUUCCGAUAUUAAACACGACACACACGUUACAAGAGCAGAGGAGUAGAAUGGAUGGAAUAGUUUUGUUGAUGCUCUUUCCAUUUCCUUCGCCGCGCGCAUGGUUGUUGAUUUGAACGAUCCUGUCGGGACGAGAAUUGAGUUACUAAUGUGGUUCUUGCAACUGGGUGGUGAACAUUUUUGAGCAUAGAAUAGAAUUCGGCACCUUGGGUGCGUUUGUACACGGGGAAAGAAAUGCGUAUAAAGAGUUGUGCGGCCGUUCGGCGUUGUUGGCAGUUGGCCAAAAUACAGUGGUCGAAAUUUCUGCAAGCCCCCACCAUCAGUUUUGAACAUAUUCCACCGGCAAAUAAAUACGAUCGUAAAAUGUAACUUUUUGCGAUAAUAUCCCUGGGUAAGGCCAAGUCUAUUAAUAAUCAUUACAUUUCGAUUAGACAGAUAUGGUCAGAAAUGAGCCUAACCAGUGGCUUAAUCUAAUGUACAAUUCAUAUUCGCUUGAAGGCAUUUUCUCCUCCCAACGGUGAUAGGUCGCCUUAUUCCGGGUGUGCUCGGCCGUAAAGGUCAACACUUUGUAUUGGUAAAAAUACUUCAAAGCAAGCCACCAAAAACGUUCAGUACUGAUCGGGGAACUUACAGAAAUAGCGAUCACCUGAAUCAUCAGGAGGCAUGGUGGAUGUUCUGCCGUAAAAUGGUGUUGAAGGGAGAGUAUAUAUAGCGGGUGUACUUGGGCUUGAUCAUACAGGCCUUGAUUACAGUUAGUACAGCGUAUCCUUUUUAGUGAAAUAUUAUACCGCACACAUCACUACGAAACGAGCAAACAGAUACUCUACACCAACGCAACAUUGGCGCGAAACAGUGCACUUUGCGCGCAUCACGAUCCUAAAGUUGAGCCACUGUCGCACCUUCAACAAUAUAUUGCUAUUAAACGAAACGAACAGUUUAACGAGAAUGAUAAAGCACGGCACUGGCGUGGGUAUAUAUGGUGAAGAAAGGAGGGUUUCUUGCACAGCGGGAACAGUGUUUGAUUUAUAGUGAAACCAAGUGAAACCUAUGGAAUAGUAUCCUAAGAAUUCUAUUCUCAAGCAUUAUUAUUGGAAGUAUGUCGCAAUGAAACGGAAAUAUAUUCUAAUUAAUC